AUGAAAUACUUUUUGCUGAUAUUUUCCACAUUAUCUGCUAUUAUUGUAUUUGAAACAUCGUCUCUUAAAAUACCGGCAUUAGAAAAAUUACACCGAUUCUUAACGAAAGAAGAAUUAAGAGGUAUAUUUAAUGUGGAUAGAUACGACGAUGUUCCAGAUUACGAAGUUGUUUAUGUUGGAACAAAAAACAUAAGCAAACGACAAGGACGCCAUAUUGGAAACGAUGAUAGCGCCGGCUUCCGAUUAAAAGGAGACAAUCUAAAUUUGAAUUUAGAAGAAAAUAGAAAUUUAAUAUCUCCAUCGCUAAAUAUUGUGGAAGUUUCAUCUGAUGGAGAAAAAACUUCAAACUUUUCAGGAAAAAAUUGCCAUUAUAUAGCAUAUAAUAAUGAUGCCGCAGCAGCUGUUAGCAACUGUGCAGAAAAUGCACAAGGAGAAAUGACAGGAAUGUUAAUUCUCCCCGAUAAGAUAGUUUCUUUAAAACCUUUACCAAGACAUUUGCGUUUAAAAUUAGGACAUUUACUUCGUCAAAAUAAUGAAAUUAAUUUCGAUGAUAUACCUCAUUUUAUUCAUCAAAAUUCUGAAUAUUCUGAAAUGAAAAGGAAAGUUUCAGAGAUGUGGGAUGAUGAAGUAAUUUUGCCGAAUCUAAAACCUUUCGAUAGCAAAAAAUGUGAUGAAGUAACAAAUACAAAAGGGAGAAGAUCCAGUAAUGAAUUAUAUUUAGAAUUAGCGGUGUUUUUCGAUCAGGCAGCGUACAAAAGACUCAUGCCAGUCGUGAAAAACGAUGACAAAAAUAUGCGCGAUAUGUUAUUGGGAUUCGUAAAUCAGAUUCAAGCGUUGUAUUACCAAAAGGCCUUACAAAGAAAACUUCACAUUACUUUAGUACAUCUCGAAAUUCAAAAAAAGCAACCUAGUGAUCUACCUCAUCAUGAUGGUGAGAAAGAUGCUUUAUUAACAUCAUUUUGCAAGUAUCAGUCUAAGAAAAAUCCAUCUUCUGAUGAUGAUCCUGGUCAUUGGGAUAUGGCACUUUAUCUCUCAGGUCUGAAUUUUUUUGGAAUGGAUAAAGGGAAAAAGAACGGAAUUACAAUGGGCCUCGCCCCUGUGGGUGGAGUGUGCAUGAAGGCUCACUCAUGCGUUAUAUCAGAAUUUGGCGCUGUAAAUGAUAUAGGACGACCAUAUCCUUCAGCUGGACUCAUGUCUACUUAUGUAGCAGCUCAUGAAAUGGCUCAUAAUUUGGGUAUGUAUCACGAUGGACCACCUCUAAACAAGGAUUGCGCUUCAAAUGGCUUUAUAAUGUCACCAAGUCGAGGAAGUAGGGGAGAAACAGUUUGGUCCUCUUGCAGUUCUAAAGUGUUGAAGAAUUUAAAAAAAGACUGUCUAGUUGAUAAGCAGGAUUCUAAUGAAAACGAUCAUAAAAAAUAUAAUAUGAUACCUGGACAAAUUUGGGAUGCUUACGAUCAAUGCCGUGUUUUCCUGAAGGAUGAAGAAGCUAUUCUGUAUAAUGAUACUGUAUUGGAUUCAGUUUGUGAACAGACCCUUUGCAAGAGUCCUAACAGGAUUGGAUAUUAUUCGGCAGGACCCGCACUUGAUGGCACGUUUUGCGGAAGUAAAAACUGGUGCAAAGAUGGAAAAUGUGUGCCGUGGGGUGACAAAAAAGUAGAAGUUGUUUCCGGUGGAUGGAGUGCUUGGGAGAAAGGAAAAUGUGAAUCUGGUUGCAUUACAAAGUCAAAAGGGGCUCAAAAGAAUAGAAGAAGAUGCGAUAACCCGAAGCCGAAAAAUACAGAGGAUGUUUGUCAUGGAGAUACUACUACUGUAAAAUUGUGUGACGAUUCUUCAAUAUGUAAAAGUCGUGUAGACGUUGUAAAAUAUGCUACCGAGAGAUGUGAACAAUUUUCCAAGUAUGUUCCCGACGUCGUUGCUGAAGGAACUCAGGUUCCUCACGAGGAAGGAGACAGAAGCUGGCAAUCCUGCGCUGUAUUUUGCAAAACUAAGACUGGUUCGUGGUACACACCGCGUCAUGAACUGAACGAUAUGGACGUGGAUACUUAUUUCCCAGAUGGAACAUGGUGUCAUAAUGAUGGCAAGAGAGAUUAUUAUUGUCAAUCGAGGUUGUGCCAAUCAGCAGCAAAGGCAAGAAAUCAAGGAGGAAAAUCGUUAAGGCCGGAAGUUACAAUAGAUAUUCUUAAUAAUGCCAGACCUAAACAAGCUGAUGUAGAUAAGAAAUUAAAGGAAUAUUUCGAGUAUAAGAAAUCUUCAAAUAGACCAAAACCAAAGUCUGGUGAUUUUGAAAAACCCAACGAAGAAGAUUACGUCAUUGACUCCAUUUCCUCCAAUGUAUAA